AUGGCAGCUGAAAAUUACUCUGUGAACAAUGUACAGAGCUUUAUAAUCACUGGAUUUGAUCACCUCCAGAAUCAAAAGCUCCUCGGAUUCCUCAUCUUAUUAACCUACAUGCUCAUACUGCUUGGGAAUGGAAUUAAUCUUUGUGUCAUUUCUAUUAACAGACAUUUACACAAACCAAUGUACAUUUUAAUCUGUAAUCUAGCCAUUGUUGACAUAAUAUUCUCCUCUUCCUGCAGCACAACUAUGAUCUCAGUGCUGCUGGCUGAGAUUAAAACUGUUUCAUAUUACUCUUGUAUCUCAAGGACAUACUUUUAUCAUCUCGGUGAUAUCACAGUAUGCUUGGCUCUGACAUUGAUGGCAAUAGACCGACUUAUUGCGAUCAGGCUUCCAUUAAGGUACCACAGCAUUGUUACAAAUUCACGAACAUUUCUGCUUAUUUCACUAACUUGGCUCAUUGGUUUUGCUAUAAUGGGUGUUGGGAUAUCAGUGAUAGAUAGCAUCCCAUACUGUCAGCCUGUCAUCAGAUAUGUGUUCUGUGAUUAUCCUUCUAUGAUCAGAACUGCUUGUGUUAAUCCUGAACCCUAUUUUUUCUUGCCUGCAAUGAUCAGUCUUUGGUUGCUAUGUGGGCAGUUUCCCUUUAUUCUGUGUACCUAUGCUGUCCUGGCUUACAGCGUUACUAGACUCUCCAACAACUCAAACAAAAAGCAAAUGAUCAGCACCUGCUCCAGUCAUCUCAUUGUCUUGUUUAGUUAUUAUGCACCAAAGCUGGUCUCUGUUUUACUAACUCGAAUAGGAGUCGUGCUAAGCUUAACAGACAGAAACGCAGUAACAAUCAUAGCCUCUCUUGUUCCUUCAUUAAUAAACCCCACUGUUUAUUGCACCAGGACUAAAGAGAUCAGGAAACGAUUAGCUGAUGUAUUUUUGCACAAAAGAAUUGUACCGAAUCACUUAAAGGCUGUAUCGUAAAUAAUAUUAUAUGAUAAAAUUAUAUAAUAUUGUAUUAAAUAUCAUGGGUGAUUCUGAAGAUGUUGGUGAUGCAAGGUGAUUGACAUUCAUAUUUUAUGCUAUGUUUACAGCAGUGGUGACUGGUGGAAAAUGUUCUAAGUAGGGCUGUGAUGUGUCACAUCCAUCAGUUUUAGCAAACAUCCCAGUAUGAAGUAAUGCUAACAGAAACAUACAAAGUUUAAGAAAAAAGUUUAAAAAAUGGAAAAUAUUGAGGUUUAAAACAUUUUAAAAAAAGAUUUUUUUUAGAUAAAAAAGGUAAAAAAGAAGUUUGAUUCUCAUUAUUUUUUGUAAGCUCUUUCUAAGAUAAACUGAUACUCAUAUGUACAAAAAUCACCACUGACCCUUGCUAACUCCUUUGUACAACAUUCGCCAGACAUGCUGACAUAUCAGACUUGCAUUGUACUUUACCUUGAUUAAAAUCAUCAUCCACCAAAACUUUAUGAUGGGAUACUGGUUUGCUUUAUUGAGGCCUCACACACAAGUCCUGACUCUAUAGGUGCGAUAGAGAAAUAGCCCAUUUUGUACAAUAUUUGUGGACAAUGAUUGAUUUAAUUUUGACAGAUCUUGAAUAUGUUCAUAGCAGUUAGCUAAACUGGUACAUAUACCUUCCUUUGGUGAGCGAUUUCUUCUUCACCAAUUGCAUUGACACGCAUAUGGGGAAUGCGUCCAAUAGCACCAUGCCACAACCAAAUGCAGAAUGAAGACACAAUGUGAACUCAACCCCAAAGCAAUCAUACUAAGGGCCCCUGUUGUGUAAUGAACCAGGUUUCUUCCUUUUUAUCUGUAACACGUUCUCUCACACAUUUACCUACACACACACACACACACCUUAUUAGCUCAUUAUCAUA